ACAAACUGAAGAACUCCUGGAGAACCUGCAGCAGGAGAUUGAUGAUCUAAAGAGGAGAAACACUGAGCUGGAGCAGCUUUCAGUCACAGAGGAUCACAUCCAUUUCCUCCAGUCUGCGAGUGCAGGAAAAUGGCAGAGGCCAGUAUUUCAGUAGAUCAGGACCAGUUCAGCUGUCCAGUUUGUCUGGACCUGCUGAAGGACCCAGUGACUAUUCACUGUGGACACAGUUUCUGUAUGGUGUGUAUUAAUGGCUGCUGGGAUCAGGAGGAUCAGAGGGGGGUCUACAGCUGCCCCCAGUGCAGAGAGACCUUCACUCCGAGGCCUGUUCUACGCAGGAACUAUUUUAUAGCUGAAAUGUUGGAGAAAGUGAGGAAGACAGACAGUCACUGUUACGCUGGACCUGGAGAUGUGGAGUGUGAUUCCUGCACUGGGAGAAAACUCAAAGCCGUCAAGUCCUGUUUGGUGUGUCUGGCGUCUUACUGUGAAGCUCAUCUUAAACCUCACUAUCAGUCUCCAACGUUUAAGAAGCACAAGCUGGUCAAAGCUUCUACACGACUGCAAGAAAGAAUCUGCUCACAACAUAAUAAACUGAUCGAGAUCUACUGCCGUACUGACCAAAGCUGCAUCUGUUAUUUGUGUAUGAUGCAUGACCACAAAGGCCACGAUACAGUUGAAGCUGCAGCAGAGAGAAAAAAGAAACAGAAUCAGCUGAAGGAGGUUCAGAGGAAAUCCCAGCAGAGACUCCAGCAGAAAGAGAAGAAGCUGCGGGAGCUGAAACAGGCUGUGGUCACUCUUAAGCGCUCUGCACAGGCAGCAGUGGAGGACAGUGAGAGGAUCUUUACUAAGCUGAUCCGCUCCAUUGAGAAAAAGCGCUCUGAGGUAACAGAGCUGAUCAGAACUCAGGAGAAGAACCAGCUGAGACAAACUGGAGAACUCCUGGAGAACCUGCAGCAGGAGAUUGAUGAUCUAAAGAGGAGAAACACUGAGCUGGAGCAGCUUUCAGUCACAGAGGAUCACAUCCAUUUCCUCCAGAGUUUCCAGUCUUUGAGUGUCUCUUCUGGAAGUGAGGACUCCUCCAGCAUCACUGUCCAUCAACAUCCAUCAUUUGAUGGAGUGAGGAAAUCUCUCUCUGAUCUGAAAGAGAGACUAGAGGAAUUCUGCAAGGAGGAGUUCAGUAAAGUCUCUCCACAUGCUGCAGCAGUUCAGACCAUCUUAUCCUCAGAGCCAAAAACCAGAGAAGAUUUUCUACAGUCUGCAGCAGUUCAGAAGAUUUUAUCCUUAGAUUCACAAACCAGAUGUUUUCUACAGUAUUUCUGUCGACUGACUCUGGAUCCCAACACUGUACAUCAUGAACUCAGUCUGUCUGAGCAGAACAGAGUGGUGACGAACAGAGGAGGAAAGCAGAAUUACUCUGACCAUCCAGAGAGAUUUGAUUACUGUUGGCAGGUGUUGUGUAAGGAGAGUGUGAGUGGACGCUCUUACUGGGAGGUUGAGUGGAGCAGAGAGGCAUGGGGUCAGCUUACUUGGGUGUCCAUAUCAGUGUCAUAUAAAGGGAUCAGCAGGAAAGGACGGGGUCAUAAGUGCAGGUUUGGAUUCAACAAUCAGUCCUGGAGUCUGUUCUGUUCCUCCACUCUCACUUUCUGGCACAACAGCAUUCAGACUGAGCUCUCAGCUCCAUCACCCUCCAGAAUAGGAGUGUAUGUGGAUCACAGUGCAGGAACUCUGUCCUUCUACAGCGUCUCUGACACAAUGACCCUCCUACACACAGUCCACACCACAUUCACUCAGCCGCUCUACGCUGGGUUUGAGGUCGGUCUGAGAUCAUCAGUUAAACUGUGUGACUCAGUAAUGAAAUACAGAUAAAGAAUGAAGGUCGUUUUAUGUUGUUCAAUGAAAAUGAAAUAUCUAGAUUUGGUACUAUGAUAUUUUUGAGAUUUAGAUUCUUAAUAUUUGCUGCAGUUAUAUUAUAAAUUUAAUCAAGUCUUCGAUUGAACAUCUAUUUCACACUUUUAGUCUGCAUUACUGUUAAAAUCUCACCAAUCAGCUUUCAGUCCUGUCUUAAGCCCUGUUGGAGCUGGAAUAGUUUGAUCUGGGGAGGCUCUGUAAUCUGAGUGAUCACCGCCGAGAUCUGUGAUUCUAAUCCAGUAUGAAUCUGCAGUGUCUGUAGAUUCAUUCAGAUGAACAGUUUAGUGAAACUGUGGAUUUUUCAGGAGCUACAGAUCAAGUGUUGAGAGUGUAUCAUAAAUAAGUUCAUCGCCCCAUUAAUCACCUUUAUGAAUCCAUUUAUUCCCUCCUCAGUCUGGAAUCAAGAAGGGGGUCCUGUCAUCUUCCACUGUUCUGUGAUGAUCUGAAUGUUGCUGUUUGAAUCCUGAAAAUACAGUAAAGACGUCUGAUUAGACUGUACAUACAUUGUUGAUCUAAAUAAAGUGAAGCUGAAUCAGAUGAUAAACUUUGCACACUUUCUAAAAAAAAACACGUCUAAAGAGCUCUGAGAUGCAUUACAGACAC